AUGCCGACAGAGCUAGAAGAGCUUGUUGAAUUCCUCCACCAUGGAAACACACCGAUCAGACAGAUUGCAUGCGAAAAUCUAGUCGGCUUUUCGGUCUCACAGCCGGAACUCUUCAAACGCCACCAGCUUCUACCAGUCCGUGACUUGAAGCUUUUGGUCCGCGACUACACACCUAUCGCCAAAAAUGCGAUAACAAUACUUAUCAACCUUUCAGCCGAUGAGGAAGUCUUAGCGGCUCUUGCCGAAGACGAUGCUUUUGUCGAAACUCUUUUAGUCAAACUGGCGAAUGUCAAGGAGCCGAAUGCGGAUGAUGUCGCCAUGUUGUUUGCCAACCUUGCGAAAUCAGAAAAGAUGAAGAAAUUGUUCACGCUGAAACGGAAGGUUCCAGAGGGGGUAUCCAGUUCUGCUAAUGCGAUCGAUCAGCUGAUGGACUGUUUUGUUAAAGGAGCCGAGGGCGCACUUAACAAACACGCCAAUUUCGACUAUCUGUCAUAUUUGUUUGCUGAUCUCUCGAAAUAUGAGGAAGGGCGGGCCUACUUCACUACAAAACAAGAGUACGAUGAUGUUGUACCAGUGACGAAACUAACCGUGUUCACGGAACAUACGAGUGGGAUCCGGAGAAAAGGUGUCGCGUCAACUAUCAAGAACGUUGCAUUUGACCUACCUUUCCAUCCCAAACUCCUGUCCGAAGAUGAGGCUGAUAUUCUUCCCUAUAUCUUGUUGCCUAUCAUGGGCCCUGAGGAAUAUGAUGAGGAAGAAUCUAUGGAUAUGCUGCCAGAUCUCCAGCUGCUGCCGCCCGACAAACAAAGAGACAGCGACACUAGUAUCAUUGUGACACACCUUGAGACUCUGCUGCUGCUUACCACGACGCGUGAAGGACGGGAUAAGAUGAGGGCCAUCAAAGUAUAUCCUAUAAUCCGAGAAUGUCACCUCCAUGUUGAUGACGACGCUGUUCGGGAAGCCUGCGAUAGGCUAGUUCAAGUUUUGAUGCGGGAUGAAGAGGGCGAAGAAAAGCCGCAUCCGCCUAUCGACAGAAAUGCAUAUGAUGACGACCAAAAGGUUGAGGAGCUAUUUUAA